AUGCUCAUCCAGAAAGAUAGUAACUCGCUGGAGAACACGGAUCUCUUAGUCCGCACAACGACCAAUAAUAAUAAUAGCUAUAUGACUGGUGACCUCGAAUCUGGGAGACGAAUGUCUGCCACUUCUUCAGGCUCGUCUACAUUUUAUGGAAAACACUCUGGCUCCACCAACCCUACCAGAAACAAGGUUGUUUAUAAUCGCACUAUUUGGGGCAAAAAAUACCAAUUAACCCUCCAUCAACUUCAAUAUCUCACCUUCGUGCUCAUUGGAGUUGCUCUCCUUUGGCCUUGGAAUUGUUUCCUUUCGGCCAGUGAAUACUAUACCACAAGAUUCACGAAGACCAAUGGUGAAAGCUAUGCAAGAAUAUACUCUUCAACGAUGAUGUCUGUAUCUACAAUUGCUCAGCUUGCCUUUAAUUACUAUCUUUCUGAGCGUCAGAAUGGCGCCAACUACUAUAAGAGAUUUAUCAGUGGUCAAGUCGUUAAUAGUUUGAUUUUUUUGAUCAUGGCAGGCUCCUGUGUUGCUUUCUUGGGUAUUAAACCAGGUCCAUUUUUUGCGUUAUUGAUGGUAAUGAUCUUGGGAAGUUCUCUCUGUUGUUGCAGCUCUCAGAAUGGUUCCAUGGCUAUUGUUAACAUUUAUGGACCAUUGUAUGCCCAAGGAUUGAUGGUGGGUCAAGCAAUUGCCGGGGUUUUGCCGCUGAUUUCUCUCAUUGCUUCAAUAAUAAUUGUUGGUGAAAAACCACAAGUUGAACAUGUGGAAAAAAAUUAUGGGGUUAUGACAUAUUAUUUGACUAGUACAGUAGUUUCAUGUUUAUCUUUGGUUGGGUUUUUAGCCUUCAUCUACAAGUACGCAUUUGAGGGCCCAAGUAUAGAGGAUCACGAUGAUCACCAUCAUUACGUUCAAUUGGUUGAUGAAUCAGGAGAUGUAGACAAUCAAUUAAUCGAGGAAAACGAAGAAGAGUUUUUAGCAAGAGAUGAAGAAGGUCAUCAUAAUAACUCGCAGCAUGUUCCAUUUAGCUAUCUUUUCUCCAAACUUAAUUCUAUUGUGAUUACCUUGGUACUUGUGUUUGUGGUAUCUUUAAUUUUCCCAGUAUUUGCGUCCAAUAUUGAAUCAGUGAAUAAGCCAGCAGGUGAAGAUAUCAGCAAUGGCAUUCAUUUCAGUAAUUCAAAUAUUUUCAUUCCAUUGGCCUUUAUGGUUUGGAAUAUUGGAGAUUUGGUUGGUCGUGUGGUUUGCGGGUAUGAGUUUUUCCAAAUUCACAAUGAGAAGGCCAUGUUGAUAUAUUCUAUUGCCAGAAGUUUAUUCAUUCCAUUUCUCUUUAUGUGUAACCUUAAUGACAGUGCCUCGUCAUCUAAUAAUCACGGUUCACCUCUCUUGAAUUCGGAUGUGGUUUACUUGUUCAUUCAAUUUAUGUACGGUGCUACAAAUGGGCAUUUAUGCUCCAAUUGCUUUAUGAAUGUUGGUCCUAAGUUCACUAAAGAUCAAGAAAAAAAGGCUGCUGGUGGUUUCACUACCGUAUUUUUAAGUAUUGGAUUGGCAGUGGGUAGCGUUUGUAGCUACAUUUUUGUUGCAUUAAUUGGAUAA